CAUUGUCUUACGAAACCCGAACUCACAUCUCUCUCAGGGUCACGGCUACAACAAGUAUAUAAUAAUUUCCAACUUCCCAUGGAUAGCAUUCCUCACCAUCACUUCAGUAUUCACUGCUUCAGUAACAACGUUCACUCCAUCCAUUCACUUUCAGUUUCCUCUCACUAAAAACACUCUUUUACCUCUCUUCUUUUGAAAAGUACAUCUUCCAACCUCGCCAUGCAUUCCUCAUCUAUCCUCACCGUCGCCGUUGCUGCUCUAGGCUUCUUCGGUCAAGCUUCGGCCUGGUGCAACUGGAACAAGAAGACAGUCGAAAACUGCUGUUACCGGGACAACGACGCGAGAGUCAGACAAGGCGGUUACAUUAACUUCCCGCAGGGCACCAUCUGCCCCGAAUCGCACGCGAAGACAUGCGGUGCCGAUUGCUGCACCUUUGAUACUGGUCUGGGCAUUGGCUGCCCCAAGGUUGUUGGUAUCCUUGGCGUAUUCGACAUCAUUGCAGCGGUCAUGAAGUGGUCUGUGGUGAAGUUAGUGGUAUUGUAG